AUGCCCACCGUUCUUCUGCCCUCGUCGGCAGCCGCAUUCGCACCACGCUCGUCCCCGAACGUGGUGCUGAAUGCCCGGAUCGAGCCGUGGCUGACGGCCACCUUGAAGCGAGUGAACCGAGUCAAACGACCUCUCAACAAUGUCACCCAGCACACCAGAUGUCUGACGGAGACGCUGUCCUCCCCCAACGCCAUCUGGACCCUGUGCUCCAUGAUGUUUCCCAAGGCCCCCGAUGCGGAACUGCGAAAGGACGACAACCCGCUCGUCGAGGCCGUUUUUAAUUAUCAGAUGAUCCACAUCGAAGCGUACGUCGUGCACGUCGACAUGGUGUCCCAGAACGAAGUGGCCUUUAAGUUGACCCCAGAGACCAUCGAGGCUCUGGUCGACUACCACAAGGACAUCUAUUCCCUCGACACGGCCGCCAGCACCUGGGACUGGCCCGACAAGGACAGCCAGCUGAAGAAGCUCCAGGAGGAAUUCGUGCAGGCGGUCAACAAGUUCGUCUAUCGCACCAAUGCGCUCGCGUUGGAAGGGCUCGAGGAGGAUGGGGCCGGCGAGCUGCUCGGAGGUCGCAGCGACGAGGCCAAAGCAGCCAUCACCAGCCUGUUCGUGCCCUUGCUCCCCCCACCGCCGCGGGUGGUCGAUGUUCUUCGGUCGACACCUCUCCUGCCCAGUUCGACCGGGGCGAACUGGUGGCAGGAGACGGUGCCGCAACCGCUGCCGUUGGAAUCGUGGAAGGUUCUGCCCUCCAGCCCCGCGACCAGCACCGGCGAGAAUCCUCCGAUCUGGACCAACCUGCACGUCAUGGGGGACACACAGUUUACGUCGCCGACGUUCAGCCAACCGUACACGACUUCCCCGUACAAUGCGACGCAAUACUACAGCGCGGCGGCGACGUCGGCCGCCCUGGCGGCACUCCCGCUGCCGAGCAUGUUGGUGCAACCGUGCAGCACGGCGGCGGGCCUGGCGGGGUUUGGAUGGGAGAACCGGUACCAGGACUUUACACUGCCGUACGGAACAACAAUGUAA